AAGUAAAUUGUGAGUCCUCAAUUUUGUCAACCUGGAAUUUUAGAGAAUUGGUCUGACCUAAAAGAUCUGAACUAAGGAGCAAAAGAGAGAUUGGUUGCUUCUGUAAUGAAAGAGUAAUCCGGUAAUCUUCCUCCUCGAAGCUUUACCCUGAUUUUCGACCCCAAAUUUCUGCUUGGCGGUUGCUGCUAAGAUAAUCUUGGUAGUGGACAAGAGAGGAAUCGAUGCCGAAGGGUUUGAAGAGUAAAUGUCAUUCUACUUCUCAUCAGCUUUUGAAGGAAAAAGCAAAGAACCGUGUUAAUGAUCUUCAAGGGAUAUUCACUAAUCUUCAAAAUGCACGAAAGGAGAGUCGUACUACUGAUAUUGCUGUCUUGGAGGAGCAAGUCCAUCAAAUGCUUAGGGAGUGGAAUGCUGAGCUUAAUGAACCAUCGCCUUCCUCUUCAUUUGUUGAGGGUAGUCUUGGAUCGUUCUCGCAAGAACUAGCCCGUCUUCUUGAGCAUUGUGAUGAGCAAGAUGAUGCAACUAGUACAAUGGCUGAACCAAAGACUGAACCUGAACUCCAUUGCGUUCUUGCCAGCAAACCGUCAAAUUUUGUUCAGGAUAGUUUUGGUUUUCCGGAGCUCCAACAGCAUAGUUUUCUAGGAUUUGAAGAGUGCCAAGUCUCUUCUCCAGUUCUACAGAAUUAUUCAUUUUACAAAUCUGACAUGGCUACUCAGCCUAAUUGUCAAAGUUUCGAAGUAGAUAAAAACUUUGAGCAGAACACGGUAGUCAGUAAGGAUGAUGUGUCUACUUUGGAUUGCAUUGCAUUGAAUUCACAUCAAGAAUUCGACUAUGGGGUUCUUGUUGGGCCAUAUGAUGCGGGAGACUUUAGUCAGGACACAAAGUCCGGUAUUCUCCCAACUAUCUCACCCCCACCGUCUGCUUUUAUGGGCCCGAUAUGUGCUCUCUGGGAUUGUUUCAGACCUGCUCAAGGAUCCAAAUGGUGCCUGGACUAUUGCAGUAGUUGUCAUUCUGUUCUUGCAAUAAAUGAAGGCCUUCCAGGAAUGACUCCAAUAUUGCGCCCUGGAGGCAUUGGCUUAAAGGAUGGUCCAUUGUUUGCUGCUCUUCGUGCAAAGACACGGACCAAAGAAGUUGGAAUACCCAUAUGUGAUGGUGCUGCAACAAGGAAAUCCCCAUGGAAUGCUCCUGAGCUUUUUGAUAUUUCAUUUCUUGAGGGGGAGACAAUCAGGGAAUGGCUCUACUUCGACAAGCCUAGACGGGCCUUUGAGAGUGGCAAUCGAAAGCAAAGGUCAUUGCCAGAUUAUAAUGGGCGUGGUUGGCAUGAAUCAAGGAAGCAGGUGAUGAAGGAGUUCGGUGGUCAGAAGAAGUCUUAUUACAUGGAUCCACAGCCAUCAAGCUCUCUUGAAUGGCAUUUGUACGAAUACGAUAUCACAGAUUAUGAUUCAUUCGCAUUAUAUAGGCUGGAACUCAAGCAUGCUGAUGCAAAGAAGAGCCCAAAGGGAAAACUGACAGCUGAUCCUCUGGCUGAUCUGCAGAAGAAGAUGGGAAGGCUUACUGCAGAGGGGCCUGUUGAGCUUGGACAACUUAUUAAAGCUAAGAGUACGAGUACGACGAUUGCGAAUAAUAAGGCUGAUAAUGUAAGUAUCAAUCUUUCUCCACAUCAUCAGAAUAUGUCUAACACUAACUGAUCACGAUUCUUAUAAUGGCACAUACUGGAGUCUUGCCUGCUGCUGUAUUUUUGUGGCAGGGUUACAGUCAGUUUCAGUUUAAUGUGUCUGCUUUAUGUUAAUAUAUACUCUUCGGUAUGUUGUCUGGUGAUC